AUGGCGAAGAACAGGAACAAGAAGAAGAAGGCUGGCGCUGAUUCCAUGGACACAACGGAACUUACUAUCUCGGAUUCCGCUCAAGCGAUGGACACGUCGGAGCCUGGAGUUUCCAGACCCGCCUCCGGUGGUCUCAAUAGAAUGCAGAAGGGAAGACCGAUGAAGAGAUCGAAGAACGUUCGCAAGAAGAAAGCCCUGGAAAAGGCCAUCUCCAAGACGGAGCAGUCCUUUGAGAAAGUUGUCAAGUUCGAGAACAAGAAGCAAAGAACUCAAUCUGCCAAACAGCUCUAUGACUAA